GUUUGAUGUUAUUCAUAACGAGAUUUCCUUGUCGUAGUAAUCUUCCUCCAAUUCCGAGUUGGAACCGCCAUCAUCAUACCUUCCUCCACAGAGCUCGUUACCCGAGCUCUGAACUAUGGCUAUAGGGAAGUGGAACCCUUUUGGUCAACCUGUAGUACAAACUACUACCAGCGACAAUCCUGUUCCGCAACCGUUGCCAAUAUUUCCUCGUGCGGACGGAAAGCAGUUUGGUCUAGAGAAUUUCGGCAACACCUGUUACGCCAAUUCUGUGCUACAAGCCUUGUAUUUUUGCAGUCCCUUUCGAGAUCUCGUCAUUCAGCAUGCAGAUCCGUACGCCGCCGCUCUCCAAGCAGCCCUGUCCUCGCAGUUCACCCCCACCCCUACCGUCCCCACCGCCGUCCCCGCUUCCCCAACCGUUGCUGCCCGUCGGAAGCAACAGCAACCAGAGCGCAAGUCUGUACAAGAUGCUGCCCAACCAAAUGGUGUUGUGAACCCUCCAACGCCCCCGAUUCCCUCAUCCCCACGGACGUUAAUUUCUGCACUUCGCUCGCUGUACAUUCACAUCUCCCAGAACCCAGCUGACAAAGGCACCGUUGCGCCACGAGCAUUCAUAGAUAAACUCAAAGAAUUAAAUGAGGCCUUUAGAAACACCAUGCACCAGGAUGCUCACGAAUUUUUAAAUUACCUCCUCAACAGAAUCGUCGAGGAAAUCGAAGAAGAAAAGAAGCACCCGCAGAUACCUAUCGACGAUUCGGCUCAUUCAGUCAAAUCAUCAUCCACUGUGUCACAACCGUUGGCUAUGACAGCAAGCACGUCGAGCUCGGGCAGUCCGUCAACGGGAACUACAUUCAUACACCAGAUAUUCGAAGGUAUACUGACUAGCGAAACUCGAUGUCUGACAUGCGAGAAUGUAUCCUCACGUGAUGAAUCGUUUUUGGAUCUAUCCAUAGAUAUUGAACAGAACUCGAGCGUCACAGCAUGUCUUCGACAAUUCAGCGCCAGUGAAAUGCUCUGCCAGAGAAAUAAGUUUUUCUGUGACGGAUGCUGCGACCUCCAGGAAGCGGAAAAGAGGAUGAAGAUUAAGCGACUACCCAAUGUUCUCGCUCUACAUCUCAAGCGUUUCAAAUAUCAAGAAGAUGUACAAAAGUACAUCAAGCUGGCUUACCGCGUUGCCUUUCCAUUCGAGCUCCGCUUAUUCAACACCAUUGAUGAUGCUGAGAACCCUGAUCGACUGUAUGAACUCUUCGCCAUAGUAGUUCACAUUGGAAGCGGGCCAAACCAUGGUCAUUAUGUCAGCAUCAUUAAGACGAUGGGUACCUGGCUCGUAUUUGACGAUGAAACGGUGGACUCGAUCAAAGAAUCCGACAUACCCAAGUACUUCGGCGAAUCUAAUGCCGGUUCCGCCUAUGUGCUAUACUACCAAGCUGUGGAUCUAGACCUCGUCGCCCUUGAUCUGCGUCCGCCAACCCCACACGCUGCUGAGCAGCAUCCACAUCAACGACUCCCUACAGAUUCUCCUGUGUCGGUCUCACAACCUAUACCAUUCCCGCCCGGGUUGUCUGCAGAGCCGGCAGCGAGCGGUGAGACUGAACCUCUGCUGCCCCCACCGUCCUUACCCACGGCGAUUCCUGUUCCACCUGCUGAGAAGUCACCGCGUAAAAUUCCGCCGGAGUUUAUGAAUCCUACUCCUCCCUCACCCCUGCACCAUCCUGCAACAGUCGGUCCUAGCUCGUCGUCAAAGCAGUCAUCACCGGCUCGUCACGGCAUACUCAGACAUGUCCCCUCACUGAGGGUCGGUGCAGACAAGCGUGAUAUGGCUGCAAAAUCCAUUACCCCCUUCCCCAAGCACGAGUCUCCAGAUCCACUACCACCCAUCCCUGCUAGUCCAAAUGGCAAGGAAAAGGAAACAGAGAAGAAGAGCACUUAUUGGUUCCGAAGGAAAAGUCUAAAAUCGGGAGCGAAAUCUCGUCCAACUUUGGAAAUCGCGACAACAUUACCCCCUGACGUUGUCUUGGAUGUGGGAGCGUCACCGACGAGGUUCCACACCACCGGAUUGACGUCGAAGCACUCCAAGGAUGACGGUUCUCGACAUCCUUCGGAGCCGGCGGUUCUCGAUCGUCCUGUAGCGCCCUUCAUGGUCAAGCGCCGCCCUGCGUCUGCUUCCGGCUUUACUUCAUCAUCAAAGAGUCCGGGUAGUCGACGAGAUACUUCGCCUUCCAUCUCAGCCACUACAUCAUAUUCUUCACAUACCACAAGCACCUCAGCAUCGUCGUCUCCUCCUGACCAUCAUUCACAUACCAUUCGCCCCUUGCCAACAAUACCUGCAUCCCCACAAAGCUCGCGGAUGACACCAUUCCCACUCCCGCCUCCAGCUUAUCCUCGAGGCCAUUCAUCUGAGCAACCGCGACCUCACCGACGGCCAACAGUAUCACCCCGUGACUUCGAGCCCCCGACAUCACCUAAAUCCCCAGCUCGGCCAACGACUGCAGGUGCUUCGCUUGGUUUACGCUCAUCUGUAGCUCUAUCUCGGGAUCGUAAUCUUCCUCCAUUGCCAGGUGCAGUGGUGGAUGAUCCACCCAAUGGGACGCAUAGUACCUCCCCCAUGACACCGCCUGGUCCAGACAAGGGCAAGACACAGGCGAAAAUUAAAUCACACGAGGAAGGCGCGGGCUUGUCUGGACGGCCAAAGUCAGCGCAUGCGUCUACCAGCCUAGGGCUAGGGGCGGUUUUACAAUCUAGUACUUCCGCCAAUGCUAGCGUUGCGAAACGGGCGAGUCGGAAGCUGAGCUUCUCUGCAUUCCCGUUUACCCGCAAGGACAAGCAGCGAGAUAAGGGGAAAGAGCAGGAAUAAGUGCCCAGGCCUGGUGACCCACCCACUCCCCGUCCCUCGCUCGUCCAGAGCCAGACGCACGUUGGACUUGUAUUCCAUGGUAAAGAUGCGUUUAUCUGCAUCUUCCUUAAUGAUCUUUGUUCCCAUUUUCUUGCUUUCGCAGUUGCCUCGUGGAAGGUUUGAGUCAUCUAUUUUAAUUACAAUCGCAUACGCUGUUUUAUUCGCGCAUCAUACCAUGGUCGCUCGUUUAUCUCUAUAUCGCUGCGUUCAGCUGCCUGUAUCAAUUCCAUGUUGUAUGUUACA